UCUCCACUGUCAUCCGAGAUCCACCUCAGCCUCUCAGUGUUUACCCACCAUCUGCCUGGCAACCGUCUGCAUGCUCAGGAUUACCAGAGGCCUUUUCUUUCAACGCCACCAUCUCCGCCUUCCUUCAACUGGCUUUCUUUUGUAAUUAGGGGGGGUCUGGAGGUCUGAACUGAGAGGUGCUGCAGAGGAGCGCCGGGUCUUAGGCUGCCCACAUCCCUGAUUCUUUCUCUUCUCUCUUCUUGUUUGCUAUUUGGAGAGUUUUUGGUUGAGUCUGACAGGCAGGAGUGGGGGUUUGGAGGACACCCCAAACCAUGGAUCACUCUCUGUUUGGUUGUCUGCGUAGCCCCCAUGCUCCGGCCCAGGGCCUACACCCUGCCGUCCCCCAAUCACCGCUGACCCUGCACGGCCGAAGCGACCACGUCUCCUACCUGGAUCUACCCAGCUCCUCACCUCCUUGUGGCUACCCUGGAGGAGAGGACAAUGGGGUAUUUGGAGGUGUAGCCCACCGAGGCCACCUGCCCCAGCAGCAGCACCCCCUCCAUCCUCAGCACCCGCCCAGCUGGCCUGUCCCCUCGCAGAUGCUCUCGCCAAACGUUCGGAACAAUGUAUGCCUACCGCUGCUCGAGGCCCCGGCCCCAGAACUGUGCUCAGAGGGCCCGAACCUGUGUGGCACCAACCCCAGUUUGGGCAGUGGUGACCCCACGGGGGUGUCAUGUGUUUCUGGGGAGUACGGCCGACAGAGUCUGUCUUCAGAGGACCCAGUAAGAAGGAACAGUAAGGACAAGAAUGAAAGCUCAGAGUCCCAUGACAGGAGUUAUAAGUCAGACAUGAAUGGCAAGCCCAGGAAGGAGCGCACAGCCUUCACCAAAGAACAGAUCCGGGAACUGGAGUCCGAGUUUGCACACCACAACUAUUUGACCAGACUGAGACGCUACGAAAUAGCUGUCAACCUCGACCUCACGGAACGACAAGUGAAGGUGUGGUUUCAGAACAGGAGGAUGAAGUGGAAGCGUGUGAAGGGAGGCCAGCAGGGGGCAGCAGCACGCGAGAAAGAACUGGUGAAUGUAAAAAAGGGGAGGUUACUACCGUCAGAGUUUUCAGGGGUAGUAGGACUUCAGUGCUUGGCCAGUUCGCCAAAGCUGGCAAACGAGGAGGACAGUCACGACAGCAACCAGAGCUCAGAGCACCCUCACCUAUGACCUCCCUUGGUCUUCCCUUCUCCUAAGGAAAGUCUUACUGGACGAGACAGAAAGUGAGACAGAAGAGAGAGACAGAAGCGUUGGUGAGACGUGUAAAAACCACAUGCUUGCUGUGAGCAAAACGUCCCAACAGACAAUGAAAAGAAACAGAGAGAACAUUCCAGAGAUGAUAUGCAUUGAUGAAGGGGCUUAGAUUUUGCACUGUCAAUGAUUUGCUUCAGUCAAAUUCUACUGUACAACAAUCAGUACAAAAAAUGUUUGUUAUGUGCAACUGAACUGAAAUUAUGCUUCUGAAUUUCGAUUAUUUAUCAAAAUCAAAGAGGUCCCAAGACUGUAACCACUUUAAAUGCAAACUUCUCAAAUUAUUAUUAUUUUUUUGCAUUGUAAAAAUAGUCUUUACCAUCUUGUUUUGCAUCUUGUUCCCUGUGAAAGUUUACAUGUCUGUUUCUUGCAAAAACCUGAAUUUCCAAAUCAAAUAAAUUAGAAAAAUCCAAACAAAGGCUAGGUGGCGAUUUCUCAGCAGGUAGAUAUACCACUGAGCAAGGCAGGCAACUCCCUGAGGUUCACUAACAUUGAUUUAUUAUGAUAUUUAGAUAUGAAGCAAAAUUGUGUUA